CCGGGGUCCUGAGAGUAGACAUUGCCGCGGUGCAUCUCGGGUCCUUCCUUUCCAUCCCAGGCUCUCUUCAGCGAUCAUGGGAAAGUGUCGUGGUCUGCGCACAGCCAGGAAGCUCCGCAAUCAUCGCCGUGAGCAGAAAUGGCACGAUAAACAGUACAAGAAGGCCCACCUGGGCACUGCCCUCAAGGCCAACCCUUUUGGAGGAGCUUCUCACGCCAAAGGCAUCGUCCUUGAGAAAGUUGGUGUGGAGGCCAAGCAGCCCAACUCUGCCAUCAGGAAAUGUGUGAGGGUUCAGCUCAUAAAGAACGGCAAGAAGAUCACAGCCUUCGUCCCCAACGACGGGUGCCUCAACUACAUUGAGGAAAACGACGAGGUUCUGGUGGCAGGUUUUGGCCGUAAAGGUCACGCCGUGGGUGACAUUCCUGGAGUUCGCUUCAAGGUGGUCAAGGUGGCCAAUGUGUCCCUGCUGGCGCUCUACAAAGGCAAGAAGGAGAGACCUAGGUCAUAAACUGUUGAGGCAUAAAAUAAACACAUUUUCAAAGGA